UUUAAUGUUCCAUCUCUCCCUCUUUUCAAAACCCUAUCCCUGCAUUUCUCACACUAAAGCACAGCAAACCCCACACAAUCACUAGUCUGUCUCUGUGCGUAUAUAUACAUAUAUAUGUGUUUACAAUUGUCUAAUUUGCAGAGUGAUGGCAGCGACAACUACGAUUUUUAAUUUGGUUGGGGCUUUGAGUGGACUCUCGUUAUCUUCAAGCUCAUCAUCUUCGUUCUUCAAAGGAGACUUUGGAUCGAUCAAUGUAGGGCACAAGGCAUCGGUGUCGUUUCCUCUGCAAUUUCCAUUGACGAUUGAGUCUGCACACAAGAAAGGUGCAGGAAGUACCAAGAACGGUCGAGAUUCCAAAGGGCAAAGGCUUGGCGUCAAGAUUUACGGUGAUCAAGUCGCCAAGCCCGGCGCGAUUAUCAUUCGGCAGCGCGGAACUAAGUUCCAUCCAGGAAAGAAUGUUGGGCUUGGCAAAGACCAUACUAUCUUUUCCUUAAUUGAUGGAUUGGUCAAAUUUGAAAAGUAUGGGCCUGACAGGAAAAAGGUGAGUGUUUAUCCGCGUGUUGUGCAGCCUGAAAACCCCAACAGUUAUAGAGUGAGGAAGAGAGAGUCCUUCAGACUGCAGCGUGAACGCAGGAAAGCAAGAAGGGAAGGUAUUGUUGACCAGCCCCAGCUAGUACUCGCUUCAGCCAGUGAGAAUGCAGACAACAAUCCAGUUUGCUGAUCUUGGAAGGUGUCUUCUAUUCUGAAUUUAUUGCUUUAAAAUGUAAACAGACCAUGUAGACCAAGGUUUCCUUCACUAACUUCCUAUCAUUCUUUUUGCAUUUGUUGUUAUUCUUGUUGAGAAGUGAAGACCUUACUGAUUUCAAGUGGCAACUACUUUCAAAAUCA